AUGUGGCCCCCCCGCUUCCCCCCUCCCCGCCCCGGGAUGUCGGAAGAAACCAGGCAGAGCAAAUUGGCUGCGGCCAAGAAAAAGCUGAGAGAGUAUCAGCAGAAGAACAGCCCGGGUGUCCCUGCAGGAGCAAAGAAGAAGAAAAAGAUUAAAAAUGGUCAUAGCCCAGAGAGAAGCACUGCCAGUGAUUGUCAGUCACCAGAGAAUAUUCAGGACAUUCUGAAGGUGUUGGUGUCCGACCUUAACCGUUCCAAUGGGGUCUCGCUCCCCCCAUUAGACAAGAGGAAGGUGCCCACAGACCACACUGCUCCUGCACCGCCAACUGCUGCUACUGACACUAUGUUCCUUGGCGUCCCUUCCACUGAUGCUGAUCUCACUCAGAGCCAUGAUGCUGGCAAUUGCUCUAACCUCAUGGAGGAGACCAGGACGUUCUCAUCGACUGAGAGUCUGCGACAACUUUCUCAACAGCUCAAUGGCCUUGUGUCUGAGUCUACAUCUUACAUCAACGGGGAGGGCCUCACAUCUUCCAACAUGAAGGAUCUGGAGAGCCGGUACCAAGAGCUAGCAGUAGCCCUGGACUCCAGCUAUGUAACAAACAAACAACUCAGUAGCACGAUAGAGGAAUUGAAACAGCAGAACCAAGACACUCUCAAUCAACUGGAAAAAGAGAAGAAGGAUUAUCAGCAGAAGCUGGCAAAGGAGCAGGGAUCUCUCAGGGAACAACUGCAGGUUCACAUUCAGACCAUAGGCAUCCUAGUGUCUGAGAAGGCAGAAUUACAGACAGCCCUGGCCCACACUCAGCAAGCAGCCAGGCAGAAAGCAGGAGAGUCGGAGGAUCUUGCCAGCCGUCUACAGUCCUCCCGACAGCGUGUGGGAGAGCUGGAGCGAACACUGUCUACUGUGUCAACGCAACAGAAACAGGCAGACAGGUACAACAAGGACCUAACCAAAGAGCGAGAUGCCCUCAAGCUGGAGCUGUACAAGAACAGCAAAAGUAAUGAGGACCUGAGGCAGCAGAACUCAGAACUGGAAGAGAAACUUCGAGUCCUGGGGGCAGAGAAAGCAGCUGCACAGUUGGGGGUGGAGGAGCUGCAGAAGAAGUUAGAGAUGUCAGAGCUGCUGCUGCAACAGUUCUCUAGCCAAUCUGAGGCCUCUGGCGGUAAUGAGCAGUUACAACAGGCCAUGGAGGAGCGGGCUCAGCUGGAGACCCAUGUCGGCCAGCUGAUGGAGUCACUGAAGCAGCUCCAGGUGGAGAGAGACCAGUAUGCAGAGAACCUGAAAGGAGAGAGUGCCAUGUGGCAGCAGAGGGUACAGCAAAUGGCGGAGCAGGUGCACACACUGAAGGAAGAGAAGGAGCACAAAGAAAGUCAGGUACAAGAGCUGGAGACCAGCUUGGCCGAACUCAGGAGUCAGAUGGAGGAGCCACCGCCCCCGGAGCCGCCAGCUGGGCCCUCUGAGGCCGAGCAGCGGCUGCAGGGAGAGGUCGAGCAGCUGCAGAAGGAACUGGAGAGUCUAACGGGCCAGCUGCGGGCCCAGGUGCAGGACAAUGAGAGCCUGAGCCACCUGAACCGGGAGCAGGAGGGGCGGCUGCUGGAGCUGGAGCGGGAGGCCCAGCACUGGAGCGAGCAGGCAGAGGAGCGCAAGCAGAUCCUGGAGAGCAUGCAGAGUGACCGCACCACCAUCAGCAGAGCGCUGUCGCAGAACCGCGAGCUAAAGGAGCAACUGGCCGAGCUGCAGAACGGCUUUGUCAGGCUGACCAACGAGAACAUGGAGAUUACCAGUGCGCUGCAGUCAGAGCAGCAUGUCAAGAAAGAGCUGGCCAGGAAGCUGGGAGAGCUGCAGGAGCAGCUGGGAGAGCUGAAGGAGACGGUGGAGCUGAAGAGCCAAGAAGCACAGGGUCUGCAGGAGCAGCGAGACCAGUGCCUGUUGCACCUGCAGCAGUACGCUGCUGCCUACCAACAGCACGCGGUGGCCUAUGAGCAGCUGACCUCUGAGAAGGAGGCCUUGCACAAGCAGCUUCUGCUGCAAACACAGCUCAUGGACCAGCUGCAGCAUGAGGAGGUACAGGGCAAGAUGGCAGCUGAGAUGGCCCGCCAGGAGCUGCAGGAGGCCCAGGAGCGCCUAAAAGCUACCAGCCAGGAGAACCAACAGCUUCAAGCUCAGCUGAGCCUCUUGGUCCUCCCUGGGGAAGGAGAUGUGGACCAGGAGGAGCAAGAUGAGGAGGUUCCUCAGCCCAGUCUGACCAUCCCAGAAGACCUAGACAGUAGAGAGGCCAUGGUGGCAUUCUUUAAUGCCGCUAUAGCUAGAGCUGAGGAAGAGCAGGCCCGACUACGUGUGCAGCUGAGAGAGCAGAAGGCACGGUGCCGGAGCUUGGCUCACUUGGCAGCCCCAGUCCAAAGCAAGCUUGAAAAGGAGGCAGUGGUCCCCAGGAAUGUGGAUGACUCUGCAUCUGAGGAGAGUAACCAGGCCCUCCAUGUAGCCAUGGAGAAGCUGCAGAGCCGCUUCCUGGAGGUCAUGCAGGAGAAAGUGGAGCUCAAGGAGAGGGUGGAGGAGCUUGAACAUUGCUGUAUCCAGCUUUCUGGAGAGACAGACACCAUUGGAGAGUACAUUGCCCUUUACCAAAACCAGAGGGCAGUGCUGAAGGCUCGGCAUUUGGAGAAGGAAGAAUACAUUAGCCGGCUGGCUCAGGACAAGGAGGAGAUGAAGGUAAAGCUGCUGGAGCUUCAGGAGCUGGUGCUGAGGCUUGUGAAGGAGCGCAAUGAAUGGCAGGGCAAGUUCCUGGCAGUCUCCCAGAACCCUGUUGAUGUGCCCACCCCAGUGCCCACAGGCUCCCAGGAAUUCGGCACUGCUGACCAGCAGGGUGACCUCAGGGAGGUGAGCCUGGCUGACGAUCCAGAGCCUGCACAAGGAGAGGCAGGGGUGCUUGCCCCCCAUGAGAAUCCCACUGCACAGCAAAUCAUGCGGCUGCUACGUGAGAUCCAGAACCCCCAGGAGCGCCCAGGCCUGGGGAGCAACCCCUGCAUCCCCUUUUUCUACCGUGCUGAUGAGAACGACGAGGUGAAAAUCAUGGUUGUGUGAAGACUGGCGACCAAAGCCUCACCAAGGGCAGCCAAGAGUUCUGCCCCAAGCCGCUCCCUUCCUCAGCCACCCUUAUCCUUACAGUAAUAAUAAGGUCAGACUCCACCCCCUCCAGGGGCUGGGGAAGUAGCUCAGUUGGUAGAGUGCUUGCCUGCCGUGCACACAGCCUUGGGUCCCCAGCACCUCUGAAAAGGCUAGACCUGUAAUUUGAGCGCUUGGGAAGUGGGAGAAUUGGCCAUCUUCAUCUACCUAGUGAGUUUGAGACCACACUGGGCUACGUGAGACCCUAUCUGAAAAACCGAAAGAUUGGACUCCUGUCUUAAUGGGGGAUACAAACUGGUACAGCUCUUCCUCUUAGCCAGGGCAGUUCUACUGUGUAAACUGCUGUUAGAGAAAGAGUACCAGAGACUCAGUGACUGGGCGCUGGGUGGCCUGAGGGCUUCCUCACUGAAGAGGGACUCAGUCCUUACUCAGGACACUGGGGCAGAACAGUUUGGCAGCAUUCUCACACCCAGGUGCAGCACGAGCUGGUAGAUCAGCCUAGCCUUCAGCAGGGCUCCUAAGUUUUCACCAGGUCAAUCCUUUUCCUCCGCACCCCAUUUUAUCUUCAUUUUCUUUACAUAGUGUCUCACGUAGCACAGGCUAACCCUGAAAUCACUACGUAUUGAGCUGAUCCCCUGCCUCACCGCUGUGCCUGGUGGUUGGCAAUGCUAGGCAAGCACUCUACCAAGUGAUUUACCCCCAGCACUACCUGCCUUUUUUCUUUGUGUGGUGAUGCUGGGGAUGGAACCCAGGGCACAGCAUGUCCCCAGACCAACUCCCAUCUUCUUAGAGGCACUUUAGGGCAGUGGGGCUGGGCAGCAUUUUUAUGGGUCCCGAGGCAGUUGGAGCUAACUGCCUCAGGAAGGCAUCCCACUGAGGAGGGCUUCCAUCUUUUUGAGGCACUUUGGGACAGGGAAAGUGGGUACCAUUCUCUCAGGCCUUAUGACAAUUGGGUAACUACGCCAAGCAGGACAGAGGCUGCUGGGGCGAGGUGGGCUUCCCCUCCCCUGGUGUACAUAUUGUACCUGUGUACCAUUUUGUAUAUUCCGGGGUAGGGACACCCCUGUAUUAUAGUGGAGGUUGGAGCUGGCAAGUGGGGAAGAGCUUCUAAUCAUUUGGGGCUGGGAAACUAUUUAUUGGUAGUGUUAGGUCAGAGGCUAGGAGGCGGAGACGAGGUUACGGCACCUGCUGAUGCAGCUCCUCUUUAUUUUGCUUUUUACUUGGGAAAUAAAUGGAUUUAGCCAUA